AUGCCGCGCACAAAGCGACCACUAGCCGAAGUCGAUCCUAACGCGUUAAAGUCCCAGAGCAAGCGGACGAAAGAAACGGAAUCGCCCAAAGCCAACAAAGAUUAUGAGUCCAUGUGGAAGACUGAUUUGGUCAAGGAGGCAAAGGCAAAGAACAUACCGCAUACUGGAUCUAAGCAGAUACUGGCCAAGCGAUUAAGAAAGGCCGAGCAAGAUGGGGAACCGGUUUCCGAAGAACGAGUGGUCAUGGAGCCAUCCGCGGUCCAGAAAAACCAAUCAUCGAUGACAUACAAGAAUACAUUGCGAGUCCUCAAUAGCAUCGAUAAAAGAGGCAUCAAUUACUAUACGAAGGAUCACGAGAAGCUUGUGACCAUUCUUCGCGAUCGACAACUGUCAACUGAGGGUACACGAGAGGAGAUGAUCAAGCGACUGGAAGAAAAUCCCGCGAAUUACGGGCUGAGGACAAGUGCUGAACUCACCCAAAUUCUCAGACAGCGGCGGGCACCUGGGAAUGUAGAUGGCAAAAAAGCUAUUAAGAUUGCAAGCGUCAUGCUAAACGAUGAAAUUGACCGAGAUACGGGCAAUGAUGUGGAGAAAAUGAUAUUUGAGAAACUCUUUAUGCUCGACGAGUCUAUCACAGAAUUCUCCAACGAGAGAGAGGCAAUCCUUGAAGAGAAUGCCUACGAGAAUUCGGACGAUGCGGAAUUAAAAGCGCUAUUAGAAGAGAAAGUUUGUUAUGUUCCAGAAGAUAGAGAAGAAAUGAUAGAAGCACUUCUAGAUGAAGAUGUGAAAGAAUUUGAUCAGGAAAUCUUGUCUGCCGAGAAAGAACGGAGUAAAAUAGAAGCAUUAUUGUCACGUAAAGUGGAUAGGCCAGUCUCUGCAAAGUUAACGAUUGAGCGAGAAACAAAGCUUUCAGCCAGGGCAUCUUUGAUCAUGCAGCGAAUUUCGAAGGCCCUGGAACAAGACGAGCAUACAGAUGAGGAAGAACCCACCGAUGAAGACCAGCCAACAUGCCAAACGGACACUAAAUCUUCAGAGCCUUUAUGGACAGCCGGAGAAUGGACACUGUUCAACCCGCACCUUCUCGUACACGUCACUGAUGAAAUUUUACCACCUGAUGAAUCAGUCUCGGGGGAUGAAGAAGAAAGCCGUGUUGAUGAUGGAAUAGACUAUACAACCAAAGACAACAGCAAGUUGCAAGUCAUUCUCCGCGACCGCGGACUACCAGAUAAUUGCACAAGAGAAGAAAUGAUCACUCUGCUUCAACGGAAUCCUCCAAAUUAUGACCAACUCACGUCAGAUGAGAUCAGCGAUUUGUUGAGAGGUCGUCAUAGUAAAUAUGCUGCCUCGGGAACCAAAGCUAACAAGAUUGAGCGGUUGAUUGCCAAUGAUGCGCUUGAUCGUGAUGCUGCUAACUAUGGGGAUAUGAAACUUUGGGUCAGAUUAGAGGUUCUCGACUCAAUGCUAGACGAAAGUGAAGGCAACCCCUACAAUAAAACCCCCCUUGAUCCUAAGAGGCGGAAAGAAUUGCAAGCAGAUUUCGACUCCAAGAAAGCAGAACUCGAGGAACGAGUUGGUCACCCAGUUGUUCUCGAAAAGGAUUGGAAGAAGGCCGACUUCCAGUGGCAUGGACGAGAAGACAAAAUUUACAGAGAAGGAGAGCAAGCAAAGACUGAUCGACCAGCCUUUCCUACUUGUGACUAUGACUGGAGUGACUCUCAUUGGGCUUCAAGAGAUGAAAGAAACCUCCGCGAGAUCUGUGACCGAAGGGGCAUGCCAGGUGGUUCGGGCACCAAAGCCGGGAUGCUGAAAUGGCUUGAUACUGGAGUCCUCGAUUAUACUGGGCUGUAUAUGAGUGGGCUCGAAAGAAUAUGUCGUGAUCGAGGUAUUACUCAUAAGGCAACGGCAAAGAAGGCGGAUCUGAUUGCACUCCUUGAGGAAGAUGAUAAGCGGAAAGAAGAAGAGUAA